UGUCUGGCGAGCUCAGGGUCUGCGGUGAACAACCAACAACAACAACGCACGCGCACACGCGCACACGCGCGCGCGCGAGGGGGCCACGUGUUGUUCGCCGCGGACCCCCGGCGCUGUGCUUGACCCCGUCGCCUAGCGACCGCGUCUGCGCACGACGUCGUCGUCGAGGAGGAGGAGGAGGUCGCGACCCGGGGCGGCCCUUCCUGUCGAGACCCCGCCAGCCGGCGUCGCGAUCACGUCGCGAACAGAGUCCCCGAUUCGCGACUUUAUCGACUGGGGCCCUGUGUGGCGAACGCGCUCCGCUGGGAUACUGGGAGACGGCUGGUGUGGCGCUCCCGGCGGGCGGGCGGGAGGGCACGGCGAGACGUGUCGCGACUCUGGCGGGCAGUGGUCGCGCUCCCUGUCGCGACAGACGCCGAGAAGCGCGACUCCGUGUCGCGCUGCUGCUGCUGCUGCUCCUCCCUUUUGAUGCAGAUCUGCCCACUCUUAUCUCCGACUAAGCAGCAUGUAAUCAGCUUAGCCGUCUCGGAAACGGGCGCAGGAGGUCCGACUCCUUUGAGACUGUCAACACGACGGACAGUGCUGGACACCUUGUCACAGGGCUAGGGAGAGGCCGCGGCGGACAUGUCCCUGUUCAAAGCGCGCGACUGGUGGUCCACCAGUGCAGGCCAACAGGAGGAGUUUGACCAGGGCUGCCUCUGUGUGGCCAACAUUGACAACAGCAGCACUGGACAUGAUAAGAUUAUCGUGGGCAGCUUCAGUGGCUACUUGCGGAUAUUCUCCCCACAGCCGGCCAAGCCUGGCGCCGGCUUCCACCCGGACGACCUCAUCCUGGAGGUGCACCUCCAGCAGCCCGUGCUGCACGUGGAGGCUGGAAAGUUCAUCUCAGGCUCGGAGCUGCUUCACCUGGCCAUCCUGCACCCUAGGAAGCUUGCCGUUUACACCGUCACAGGUGCCUCUGGUACCGUGGAACAUGGUAAUCAGUACCAGCUGAGACUCAUGUACGAACACAACCUGCAGAGGACAGCUUGUAACAUGACUUGUGGACCCUUUGGCGAGGUGAAAGGGCGUGAUUUCAUCUGCAUCCAAUCGAUGGAUGGCAUGCUCAGCUUCUUCGAGCAGGAGAGCUUCGUGUUUGGUCGAUUCCUGCCGGGUUUCCUGAUCCCAGGCCCUCUCACUUACAACCGGCGCACAGACUCCUUCAUCACCGUGUCCUCGCAGCGCUGCGUGGAAAGCUACAGGUACCAGGCUCUGGCUGUCGCCACAGACGCAGACAGUCGGCAGGAGUGGGAGCAGCAGAAGCUCAGCUCGGGCAAGAAGCUGGUGGCGGACUGGUCGCUCAACAUCGGAGAGCAGGCCCUGGACGUGCAGGUCGCUGCGUUCUCCCAAGCACCGCCGUCCAUAUUCGUCCUGGGAGAGAGGAACGUUUACUGCCUCAAGGAGAAUGGCCGGCAGCUGCGGUUCAUGAAGAAGCUGGAGUACAAUCCCAGUUGCAUCCUUCCCUACGCCUCUGUGAGCGAGGGGACUGUGCAUUCGGUGGUGGGAACCCACAGCAGAUCGCUGCUCGUGUACCAAGAUAACCGGCUACGCUGGGCCGCCCAGCUGCCCCAUGUGCCUGUUGCGGUGCGCAUCGCGACCUUUCAGGACCUUCGUGGGAUCCUGGUGACCCUGAGUGCCGAGGGGCAGCUGCAGUGCUCCUACCUGGGCACGGACCCCUCGCUCUUCCAGGCGCCGCGCGUGGAGGCCCGAGACCUCAACUACACGCAGACCGACGCCGAGAUGAGGGAGCUCACCAAGCUGAUCCGCGAAGCCACCAGGACUAAAGACAUCUUGCCUGCCAAAGAUAAGGACGAUGACCUGACAGUCACAAUUGCUGUGUCCUCUUCUCUCGACAGCGCGUCUGUAGCAUCUGGGAUAGACAUAAGUGGAGAGUCUGUGCCAUCCAUCAGCGUUAAGAUAACCGUGCAGAGCAGACGCAUCCUGCAGAGUGUGAAGGUGAUGGUGUCUGUCCGAGAGCCCCUAUCCGUGACCAGGGAUAUGUUCACAUACUACACUCUAGAAGCCGGGAGGCCGACCGCGGCCACCGUGUCGGUGUUCCUGAAGCAGCCGCACCCCCCGGCGGAGCUGCAGGGCGAGGUGGUGGUGCACUACAGCACGCCCACAGAGCGGAACCCAACAGGAGUGCCACGAGUGGUGAAGAGCGCGUUCACACUCCCGCUGGUCCUCGCGUGCCACGCGGCUUCUCCGGCCAAGAGCGCUCAGCACAAGCUCACAAUCGACACCAACAAGCCACCCGUCAGUCUGGCGGCCCUCUUCCCAGAUUUCCUACAGCAGUCUGAAGAAGGCCAAGUGAACGCACUUGGAUUUCAGUUGCUGCGGGGCUCUAGGGUGACCGUCCUGGCUUCUAAAACAUCCCAGCGCUACCGCGUGCAGUGCGACCAGCUGGACGAGCUGUGGCUGGUGACGAGCGACCUGGUGCGACGCUUGGAGAGCCACUUCCGGAAGCUCGGCACCGCCGACUUCAGGUGCAGCUUCAUGGGGCCCCUCCCGCUGCAGGAAUACUUUGAGCUGCUGGACCAACACUUUGAUGUUCGUGCAGAUGCGGAGAAGUACCGGGAGAUGCUGAGCGAGCGGGCAGUGCAGUUCCGUGCCGUCCAGCGACGGCUGCUCACCAGGUUCAAGGACAAGACGCCAUCGCCCCUCCAGAACCUGGACUCCAUUCUAGAGGGAACCUACCAGCAGAUCGUGGAGUUGGCAGACAUGGCGCAGGACACGGAGGCGAGGCUGAUGGUCGCCGCCUCCCGGCUGCGGGCUGCCACACGCCUCCUGGUGCUGCUGCUGUCGCUGUGGCAGAGCCUGUCACCCGACGAGGUGGCGCUCCUGCACACCGCCCUGCUGCCCGAACUGCAGGACAACCAGCAGCUGGGCUGGGAGGAGAGCGUGGACACGGCGCUGUCCUACUUGCUGCGCACCUGUCUGGCCAAGAGCGGCAAGGACCAGGCACUGACGCCCGGCGGCGGCGGCGGCACGCUGGCGGCGCCGCGCGACACGUCCCGUCUCAAGAAGCACCUCGCCCUGCUGUGCGAGCGCCUGGGGAAGGGGGGCCGCCUGCUCCUCUCCGGCACCGCCGCCGCCAGCAGCAGAAGCGAUGCCGCCCAGCAGAGCGAGAUGGCUCCGUCCGCGUGCAGCGACACCAUCGUGGAGGAACCUGAAGUCGAAGUGGCCGAGGCCGCAGAGUCGCCCUCCCGGUUCGCCAAGAGGAGGAACAAUGCCACCACCCGAUCAGCGGCCCAGCCUGCAGGGGAAGAGACGGACGCGCCCGAGUCCGGGACUCCAGAAGAUGGAUAACGGCUCCGGAGCCCCUGGGCGCAAAUGCCAACUGCCGUCACGCCACGCAGCCUGCGCGGGGGGCCUCGUCGCCGGCGCGUCCCCGUCAUGCAGCGCCAGCUCGCCGCGCGUGCGUGGAGGCGAGCUGGCGCCGAGGAGCUCCUCGUGCUGCUGCAGGGCAUCGCCCGGGCGACUCUUCUUCCCGUACCCCUCGCGGUUAAACGUCGCGCAGCACGUCACCCUGUGGACAAGACGGACACAGUUUGUCAACGUUACGUCGAGCAGUAAAGUGACGAGUCACAAGUUUAGAUACGGAAUGGUAAUUUGGAACUGAAUGCUAAUUUAGCUGUGUCUUAUGUCCAUAGUAAACCAAUUAUUGCAAGCGUCCUGUAGUCUGCGAGCCACGAGUUGACACUAUGCCCUGUCGUUUAAAAAAUAACGAUAGUCGUACAAUUCCAAUGUAAUGCGCCUGUUUUAGUCGCGCGUCCAAAUAUACAUCUCAAGGUGAAAGUGGCACAAAAAACAAUUCUAUUUCUACUUCACCAGUAACGGCCUUUCAAACGGCGCUGUCUCUGAGAAGCAAUGACUAAGUGUUUCCCUGUACUCCCCUUCACAUUCCCAUGCAGCAGUUAAUUGCGUUACUAAUUAAUGUCCUCAAUCAGAUUUAGGAUGUGCAGACCGAGUAGCGCUAUGCAACUGUGUGUGACAUCGCUUCUCGCGCAAAUGCCUCGGAUGACAUUUUCAGCGUAAUCCAGGAAGCACAUGGGCGGCGGUGCUGAACGCUCAGUGCCGGUGUGCAAUCUUGAGGUCCCGUAGGUUUCUGUCGUCACUGCGUUCCUACCGCGUGUCUCGUGAUUUCCAGUACACUACUAAAUCUCACUUCGCAUGAUGCGUCAGUCGUCGAAUAACGGCCAUCGCGCACACGGACAUGGGUGGAACAAUCCAUCGGUUCAUCAAUGUUGAUUCUUACGCUCACAAUACGUGCAUUGUAUCGCACACGUAACGAUGAUUGGUUUUUAAUUCGUGCGUGUGGUAUAGAAUGUGUUCAUGCAACCCAUACAGCCACUCGAGGUGCUAUCAUUCGGUGCGUUGUGUAGACUCGUGACCCUGGAUGAAUGUUCCACCCUUGCACAUAACCCGGUGUCACAGCACCUUGUCCAAGGUUCUUUGGGAGAGAAAAAAAAACACGCAGUCAUCAAUACACAUAAGUUAUUGCCGCAGCAGAAUUUUCAAUUGCUUUGUUCAAGCUAUAGCCGGUUACUUUUCAGUGGAACAAGCUCAGAGUGUAUUGCACUGACCCGACAUUUAAGUGUGGUCUCAGCUGGUGGGUUUAUUGCCCAGGAAGCAAUGGCUGUUCACCAAGAAUGUGAAACGAUUCCAUAGCAGAGUGGCCGAGCAGAGCGAACACGGUUGCCUGUGCACCGCUAACAGGCCGUCUUUUUUCCCCGAGUACAUGAGACCAAUCAGGCAGGGCUUUGUGGGGUUUUUUUUUUUUAAGCACUCAACAAAAAAAGUGACGAAAUACUGACAAUGCUUUGGUCGUUCUGUAGCUAACAAAAAUCGGGGCGUGCGUGCAUACGUCCUUCACAUUUGCAAGUGUUCUGAGGCUCCCUUGUUAUAUUUUUCCUGGAAUUUAAGAUGCUUGAUUUCUUAUUUUUUUUUGUUUCAACUGCUCAGCGCUGAGAGAAAAAUGCAUCCUACAAACACUGGGGAUUUCAUAUAAUUAUCCACCAUUAUUUAGUCAUUGUUUAGUACAACAACACCACAUGGCUUUGCCUAGUUCAGGACCAGGGCCAGGAAAAACACACGGAAGCACCAACACCAAUUUGACAAAAUUUAGUUAUUUUAGUUUAAUUGAAAGCAUAUUGGCGAAGAGAUUGGAAUUGAAAUAUAUAUUUUUAAUGGAAAUACGGUAGGUAUAGUUAUGAAGAUGAAAUGUUUAUAAUCGCAAUAGCUAUAACAAAUGCGUUUCAAUGGGAAUGUUUCAAUGGUUGAGGUUUGAGCAGUAUAUUGAAGACGUUUAAUGUGUUUUACUGCUCGGCCACCAAUUAUAUCAUCGUAGAGAUAGUUUAGGCACCCAAAAUAGUGCAUCAAAAACAAUCUCCUGUUGUGAACGGGCAGUUGUACAACACUGAGCGUGGAUCGUGUCCCAUCCGCGCAACUCAUCUUCACUCAGUGGCCUGCACGCUGCAUUAGCCAACCUGUCACGGUAAUGCACCGGCACGGGCGUCGAGGUGUCUCCGGUCGUGGAUGUCCACCUGCGCUCGAGACACCUGCGUUGGAUCCCUGCUGGGAACUCCUGACCGCAUCUUUGCCUCUACCCUUGGAGUGCGAUUCCAGCGCUCCUUCCAAUCGCUCUGCCACCCGACAUCCUCUCCCUGUGUGGCGUCCCAUCAAGCGCCUGUUCCUUUGAUGCGCCUGCAGCUACCAUGCCGCCGUUUCUUCUGCAAACACAGUCGGCAGGCGUCUUGUGAUGAGCGCGGACCUGUUUAUGUAAUUGAGCAACGACUACAAUGUUCACCACUCUUUAAAAUAUAUUUCUCGUUCUUUGAAUACUUAAUUUUUCUGAACCCGGUGUACGGUGUCCUUUAACGUGUGUUCUCUAAACACCCCUAAGAGUACAUCUGUUUUUCAUUUCGAGGAUGAUAAAUGGCACUAUUGAAAAAAAUACAUUUUGUCAUUUUGUGUGGACCUCGGAUUCACAAACAGCAGGGAACACGUUUCACUACGUUACACACAAUGUUGUAGACGUAUGAGUUCAGGAAGUUGCCUAAUUGGCAUGCAUCUGAGACCUAACCCGUAUCCACAUCACAACACAUUGCCCCAAAAACACAUCCAGUGUGGUGCAGCUAACGUCAAUGGACAUACAUGUAGACUUGCUGUUACACAAGGCCUGAAUGGUGUUUGUCAGCGAGUGGUAUUGCCUACAAUGCAAUCCGAUGAGUUACAAUCUGUCGAAAUCUGUGCUCACCAUUACUCGCUUUUUACCGCGCGUUCAUACAGCCUACCCACACUCUCUUUUCAUGGAGCGUUUUACAGCAGUUUAAAACGACCAUUAUAAGGGCCGUGACAUGCAAAUAAAAUCGGAAGUGAAUUGAAGGUGACAGAAAUGUAACUCUGCCACGUUCUCUGACCCUGCUGCCCCUGAUCAAAAUCGCAGCGCGUGUGCGCCACGCUCUCGCUGGGACGCACACUCACAGCGGCGUAAGGAGUCGUUGUUUACUUUCAUUCCAAACAAUGUCUGCACCAGGCAUUGCUUCCACUGUUUUACGACUUAAGAGAGCAGCCCUCUUCCCCUUCGCAUUAAAUCCGCCACUGUAUCCAAUUACCAGAGGCACCCCCCCCCCCCACGCGGGAGAGAUGACAACCCCGGCGCUCUCGCCUCCUCCUCCUCGCAGGAAUGCGCCAGCGUCUUCAUCCUCGAAGCGGCUCGGGAUGCGUCGACAGCGCGCGGGACGCGAAACCUCCACGCGCACCGCGGGUGCCGCGUGGAGCGGUGGCGCUCUGAGAAGCCGCGUGUGGCAAUCACAGUCGCGUGUGGCAAUCAGCCGCGUGUGGCAAUCACAGUCGCGUGUGGCAUCACAGUCGCACGCGGCAGGUCCGUCCACUGACGGGAGCUGGGUCGCAAAUGAAACGGCGGUGAAUUUACAGCCGAGGCGUAGCCAAACCUUUAACAUGACGUUGGAGCAAUUAUUUGGUGGGCUAAGUGGCUCGUCGGUAAAGCCAGUUCAUGCUGCAACCUUGAGAGCGCGUGCGGUGUUGUGUGGUCGCUCUCUGAUUGUCACGGGACCUGUUAUGAGCGCGCGGCAAGAGCGUCGUCUGUGUUGGCGAGAGCUGGCCCCUGCUGCUGCUGUUUGUUAGUCGGAGCCUGUGGGCCACGUGGUGUGGGCCCGUGGGCCACGUGGUGUGGGCCCGUGGGCCACGCAGGUGGGGCCGCACGCGUUGAUGCUCGUGCCACUUUUGCUUCGACUAAACCCAGUAAUUAUCCAUUUGUUUGGUUCUACAUUCGCUUAAAUGUUGCUUUUAGAUAACAUACUAAAACUAUGAAUAUCUUUCAAUGUUACAAAAAUUGCAGCAUUUCUGUGUUAAAGCGUCGCUUUUUUUUGCAAUGUUUAGUCUCCAAUGUUGUUAUUCAGGGAUGUUUUUUAAUUCGUGAUACUUUACAUUUAGAAUGACCGGCUACGUAACGUUUCUGUAGGAUCCGUACGUGUAUGCGUUGUGAUGUUGACGUGCAAUUACCUCAUGUCAAAUGUAAACGGCCAACGUGUUUUCUGCAACGAGCGUAUCCGUGCAUAGUUUGGUUUUCAAACAAAUAUGUUUUGUAACCAAAUCGUUAUUUUUUAAUAAACCAUUCGUGUUAAGUAAC